AUGGCUAGCACAUCUGGACAGAUUCAGCAGUCACCGGCUACCCCAAUAUACAUCUUGCGGGGCCAUACUGCCCCAAUCCAUGCACUGCACGUCUUCACACAGAACCUGCGACUAGUAUCUGGAGAUGCCGACGGCUGGGUGGUCAUCUGGGAUCUGGUCACCAAACGACCCGUCACGGUGUGGAAAGCGCACGCGGGAGCUGUUCUCGAAGUGAAAGGCUUUCAAAUCAACACUGGUGUGACAGAGAUUUACACGCAUGGCCGCGACCACAAACUCUGCGUCUGGAAGAUUCGAGCAGAAGAUGAGGCCUUUCUAGAGAAGACUCUCCCGGUUGAUCUUGCCCAGUCGAGUGUCUCGGGACAACGGACGCAGCCAUGGCUGCUCCACUCUUUAUCGGUGAAUGCGUUAAACUUCUGUGCCUUUUCUAUGACGUUCAUUGAUAUGCCUGGAGCUACAUCCCCAGAAGUAACUGAGGAGCAGCCAAGUGCCACUCGCCAAAAUGUUCUUUUCGCCGUGCCAAAUGCGCUUGAUUCUGGGGGAAUCGAUAUUUUCCACCUCCCAUCCGAGCGUCGCCUUACCACGAUCAAAUCAGACUCUUCGGUCAAAACUGGCAUGCUGAUGGCAGUCAGUCUCUUCAUCUCUCCAUCAGGUGAUAUCUUCGUUGCUUCUGCCUUUGAAGACGGGCAUGUCAUGGUCUUCAUGCAUAAGGGCCCUCUAAACCCAGCCAGCUUCGAGCUCAGCAAUAUCAACUCAAAUCAGUGGAAGUGGAACAAGCUCUACGCCAGUCGCCCUCACAGCCAACCAGUUCUUUCCCUCGACAUAUCGCCAUCGCAAGAUUAUUUCAUCUCUUCUUCCGCCGAUGCCCUGCUCAUCAAACACCCAAUUCCUAGCGCUGUUUCUGCGGGAUUUCUCCCUUCUGGGAAUUAUACAGAAGACAAAGCAUUGAAAACGGUGAAUACAAAACAUUCAGGUCAGCAGGGACUUCGAAUUCGGAGCGACGGCAAGGUCUUCACGACUGCUGGCUGGGAUAGUAGGGUGAGGGUUUACUCUGGCAAGACGAUGAAAGAACUUGCUGUGCUUAAAUGGCACAAGGAAGGAUGCUACGCUGUUGCUUUUGGCGAAGUCGAUCCUCCAAGUUCCCAAUCAGCGUCUCAAAUCGUCGAAGCCGAUGGUUCGGAUGGCCAGGAGCCGACCCAGGAAGAACCACCGACAAGGUCAAUCGCGGCUGUGCACCAGCAGCGCUUUCAAAAGAUACAACAAACCCACUGGCUCGUGGCUGGUUCCAAGGAUGGCAAGAUUUCAUUAUGGGAUAUCUACUGA